CCGCCACCAAAGCACAACCGUCAAGGCGACAGAAACUGGCACCGACGAAAAAAAGUCGUUCUCACAGGUCUCGACACCACGAUGGAAAAAAAAAAGAAAAAAGUGAAGCUGUCUUGGAUGUACAGGUAAGUAGACACCCAAAUUCCAGGGCGAUGGACUGGCCCCACUGGACCAACGAGGCCCGCAGUUGGGAGGCGAGUAGGCGAUUGGGCACGAAUGGAAGAAGAUCGGGGUUUGUCUACCUUAUUCGCCAACAAACCCCAUCUCGAGUCCCAGUUCGAAGGGGCUUGAUUGGAUAUGAAACCCUGCUGCAUAUUUGCUUUACUUGGUACCGUUCAAAUCAAUUCCACCUCGUGUAUGGUAUCGCUGCACUUGCAUGGUGAUGAAAACGAAUGUUUUCGGAUACUAGCGGUUCAUGACAAGGUACUACUACAAAAGAAUAGCUUAUCACCUGGAGUGAUCGGACAAGACCACAGCGACCGCUUAAAAAGUAAUGAGGACCCUCUGGGUACCGGACUUUCAUACACCGGAAACGCCCUGGUCGAUCCGAGUCGGUCUGCUGGCAAGGCGUUGGCGUCGAUGAUGGUACCCCUCUCUGCUCUCCAAACCCAUCAGGACUGCACACGUAGCCCGCUAACAGGGCUAUCUCAACUAUCCGGGUCCUGUGCCCGAGUAGCGGUGCUGGGUGAUUUGGCUUAGGCCAAGAUUGACCAGACCCUUGUCGCAGUAAUUAGUGUAGGAUACUUAAACACUUGCGACACCUUUGUCGCCCAUAUUGGGGGGAAAUAAUCACCGGUCUAAUCUUUUCAUCAUUGCCUAUACCUUUGUACAGUACGGGACGUAUUGCGGAGGAGUAGAGCAGAGCAGCAGAGCAGCAGCAGCUUCCAUGGACUCUCGCGAUUUUAGCAGUAUCAUCCACUCACCGUCAUUUACGUUCCUCGUCGGACCCAAACACACCAAAUUAACCAUCCAGUCGGGCCUUGCCCAGCAUGUCUCCAAACCGUUGCACAACCUCAUGAACAAUGGGCACACCCGAGAAUCCAAGCAUCGCAUCGCCGUACUGGAAGAUGAGGAUGUCGAGACCUUUGUCGCCUUUUGCGAGUAUGCUUAUACCGGCGACUACAAGGUGCCUCAGCUACCGGUGCCGGUACCGGCGCCAGCACCCUCGCCCAGAGAGGACACUCGGGCAGGAGUGAUAGAAAGCGUGGCGAGUACGGUUCCUUCUUGGAGAGGGACGUAUCGUUCGGAUUCGGUCUCCUCGGCUGUACCACCGCCAGCUCCGUCGCCGCCACCGGGGAGCGAGACGGAUUGUCAGACUGUGAGGGCCGAGGGAGAGGUACCGUCUGUGGCCGAGGAGGAUGUGUCUGCGGAAGCGGAGGCAGAGGAGCCAGCUAAAGCUGAAGCUGAACCUGAGGUAGAUGCAGGCACAGAUGCAGUCGAGUCCGAAGCACAGGAGCCAGCAUCUACCGAGCAAGCUCAAAAGUCAACCGAGCCAGAGGAGACAGUCGAUUCCAAAGAGCCCCUUGAGCAGCCAAAGGAAACAGACUGGGCCCAAUAUCAGGUGGAUGAUGACACUCUCGCGGAAUCUGGCGAGCAGUUAGCCCCAGACGCAGUCGAGCCUCUCGACGAGGCAUCCUGGAAAGCAGCGCCAGCAUAUCCGGCAAAUACGAAGAAGUCGAAGAAGGCCAGGGCAAAGGCAAAGAAGGUAACGAGGAAUUCCCAACAGCAGCGGCUAGAAGAUGAGCCUCCAGCGAGUUUAACACCUCCAUCGACGCCACCGCCUCAGGAGCCCGACACUGUCGAAGUAACUUCUGACCCUCAACCUGAACCUGAGCCUGAGCCUGAGCCUGAGCCUGAGCCUGAGCCCGAAGCAGAGCCGGAGCCGGUAUAUGUGGACGAUGAACCCGUCAAGGCCGAGGAAGAUGCGUGGGAAGAGGAUGCACCAGCAGAAGAACCACCCUGUCUACCAUCCCCAAUGCCAUCACCCUCUGCACUACCCACGGAUGCCAACUUUCCUCGCGUAAAUGACGAAAACACACCAGAGCCAAUGUCCUCAAUGUCACCUCCGACUAACUCUCGAGCAAAUUCACCCACCAUCAACGCACCCCCUUCCCCGAAACCCAUCAUCGACAUGUCUUUCGCAAAGCAGUCCGACUCGUCUCCACGCACGCCAGGCCUCAGCCUAUGGGACGAAUUUGCCGCACUACAAUACAACGACGACAGCGCAGUACCGGAUUACCCCAAACCGUCAAACUCAAGCUCAACUACAACCACCGAUCUCCCUUACCUCACCUUCCACGCAAAAGUAUACGUCUUCGCAACGCGAUACCUCAUCCCAGCCCUAGCCCAACUCUGUCUCCGCAAACUCCACACGGACCUCGUCCACCUACCCCUCGGCGACAACAUCAACGAGGAGUACGCAGAAUACGAUGCCGACGCCAAUUCCCCAACUAGACUGGGCCUUCCUGGUGCCCCAGCAAUAGUCCUUGACGUGCUUCGCUACGCCUACACCAAGACCACACGUCUCGAACCAAUUAGCCCGACCUCGGCGACGCAGCUACGUGAGAACGAGCUGCGGAGAUUAGUGGUGCAUUACGCAGCUUGUCGGGUAAAGGACUUGGCGCGGUGGCAUGGUGGGAGUGGGAGUGCCACGCCGGCUGGGAGGGGUGUCGGUGUGGAUGGGACGAGGCCGGAUAGCUUGAGGGCUUUGCUGGAUAGCACGCCCGAGUUGGCGAGUGAUCUUGUUUAUCGGAUGAUGUGAUGGAGAGGGAAGGUGGGAAGAUGGAUUUAGAUGUUGAUCUUGGUCUAAAUUGGGGAUUGGGAUUGGGGAUUCCCGGGUUGAUGCAGUGCAAUUGCAGUGCAAUGCUGCCCUGCCCAGCCCUGUCCACGACGCAAAGACUACACAAGUGUAUCAGAGUGGAUACGCAGGUUUUUUUUUUCUUUUUCUUAUUGGUAUCUUGGCUUUUGUAUCAGGUUGCAUCAUUUUGUCGUUCUUGGCGUCGAGAAUGUUUCAUUGGAGUCUUUUUUGUGUAUUUCUUGGUCGUGGCGAUGCAUGUGGUGUACUCUGCAAAUGGAUCUGCUUAAGAAUCCGAAUUUUGAGUCGAUAGAUGAGCAAAAUUCGAGAGAGCACACCUCAUAUAUUGAUGGCAAAUGCAAGGCUUUGCUCUGUGUCGGUCUCCAUCCAGCCGGCAUUAGCAGCAUUCUGGUUGGAUAGAGCACUAUCAUUCUGACAGGAAUUUGGAAUGAUGUACUCUCAUAUCUGAGUACAACUUGGAAAUUGAAUAAUUGAUCAUAAAUGCAGGUGCUCGAAAGCUCCGAGAAUCCUAUCACGGGAAUAUCAAAAGGUUGCCGGGAAAAGGCCGUUUCCAAGGUUAGGGUUCGUCCCCGAUAAGUUCCGAACGACACCUUGACAGACAAGGAUGUAUCAUCUAGAUCUUGACAAGUCAUAAUUGUCAACAGCAAUGACAAUGUUGU